CUUCCUGCAGUUGUGUGCUCCCACCAUUAUUCUACUGCGUUUGGGUAGAAAUUAAAAGGUGAUGAUGAUGAUGAUGGGAAGUGGGAAAUCCAUGUGGACCGGUCAUCACCUGCUCGUAGCUGCUGUGACAUUUCUUGGCAUAGUUGUUCCGGCGAAGCAACAUGAUUAUGCUGAUGCCUUGUCCAAAAGCAUUCUAUUUUUUGAGGGUCAAAGGUCUGGAAAACUCCCCACUAACCAACGCAUCUCUUGGAGAAGGAACUCGGCUCUUAAUGAUGGUCAUGAUCUCGGUGUGGAUUUGGUGGGAGGGUACUAUGACGCAGGAGACAAUGUAAAGUUCCAUUUCCCAAUGGCGUUUACAACCACUAUGCUGUCUUGGAGUGUGUUGGAGUAUUGGAGGGAAAUGGGAAAUAAUGAACUGGAGAAUGCGAAGGAGGCGAUCAAGUGGGGGACCGACUACCUGAUGAAGGCCACAAGCAAAGUCAGCGACGGCGUGGUGUUCGUUCAGGUGGGUGACCCAAACUCCGAUCACACCAAUUGGGAGAGGCCGGAAGAUAUGACCACCGACCGGACCGCUUACAGCGUCACCACUGCCUCGCCCGCCUCAGAAGUCCCCGCGGAGAUGGCUGCUGCCUUGGCCGCUUCUUCCCUGGUUUUCAGGAAAUCUGAUCGUGAUUAUCCAUAUCAACUUCUCCAGAGGGCCAUACUUGUUUUUGAAUUUGCAGAUAAGUAUAGAGGGUCCAUCAAGGUCUGUGACGCAAAGGAUGCUAUGUGCCCCUUUUAUUGUAGUUUCAAUGGCUAUGAGGAUGAGUUGCUCUGGGGAGCAACAUGGCUCUUCAAAGCCACAAAAAAUGCUUACUACUGGAAUUAUGUUAACACCAACGCUAAACAAAUACAAGGUGAUGUAUCAGAAUUUGGAUGGGAUGCUAAGAAUGUAGGCAUUAAUGUUCUUAUCUCCAAUAUUCUUCUUAAUCAAGGCAGUCAUGAUUCCAGCCCCUUCAUUGAUGAUGCAAAUACAUUUGUUUGUGGCGUACUUCCCCAAUCCCCUAGCAAAUCCGUAUCAUUCUCACAAGGGGGGCUUCUCUUCAAAGAAGAUGACGUGAACAUGCAACACGUAACGGGGAUAUCAUUUCUGGUGUUGACGUACGCUAAAUCCCUGGAUAAAUCUGGCAAACAAAUUGAUUGUGGUAGCAACUCUGUUGUAACUUCAGCGGAUUUGAUCAAAUUUGUUAAAAGUCAGGUGGACUACAUACUAGGAAGCAAUCCCAUGAAAAUGUCAUACAUGGUCGGAUACGGUAAGAAAUACCCACAAUACAUACACCACCGCGGAUCUUCACUGCCUUCGCUUCACAACCAUCCAGACUCAUUCAGCGGCGACGAUGCGUGGCAGAUUUUUCAUUCCUCGACCCCCAAUGCGAACCAGUUGACAGGAGCUCUAGUUGGGGGCCCUAAUAUUAAUGAUGAGUAUACUGAUACGAGGUUGGACUCUCAACAUACCGAGCCUACUACUUAUCUGAAUGCCCCACUUGUUGGCGUCUUGGCUCAUUUCACUCAGCACUAGCUUCUUACUAUAUAUGUAUGGCCGGCCGUUUCAAUUUCACUUCUAUCAUGCUUGACUUUUUCUCUACCAAGUUUUAAUUUGUAUUUUACCAAAGGAACAAUGUACGGACCACAUGCUCGCAUGGCACAUUCGCACUUGCCACUUUAGUUGGAGAUAAUGACAAAAAUUAAAGAC